CGUUCCACUACGUCAAGUCGUCCCGUCCGCUCGGUGAAGAUGUCUGCGACGGGUACAGGCGGCUGUGGACCCGGACCCGGACCCACCUCGGGCUCCGGGUCCGGGGCUUCCAACCCCCGAAAGUUUAGCGAGAAGAUAGCGCUGCAUACCCAGCGACAGGCCGAGGAGACGGCUGCCUUCCAGGAGGUUAUGAUGGACAUCACCUCGACCAGGCUCCAGGCCCAGAAGCUCCGUCUUGCCAGGAGUCAGGGUCCGUACUUCAGUGGCUCGCUGCCCAACGUCAACCAGAUCGGCAGGAACCCUCAGGACUUCCAGGGCUCCUUCCCAUCCACUCUGGAGUCCAGCCGGUCUACUCGGCAUCACGGUCUAGUGGAACGAGUCCAGAGGGACCGCCGUUUCAUCUCGCCGGUCCGGCCGUACCGCAACCGACAAGUGGACAGCUCGCCGUAUAACUCCGCCUACCUGUCCCCGCCUCCUGACCCCAGCUGGAGAAGGAAUUGGUCCGGAAACUUCCCCGGGGAUAAAAGCCAGUUGUUUCGUCUCCCCACCACUGCACUCAACAGGACCAACUCCGACUCGGCCCUCCACACCAGCGUCAUGAACCCUCCCGCAGGAGACCCCUUCACCACAGGAGGACCCACCCUCACCCCCCAGAGCAGCAGACGCACCGGUCAGAGUGAUGGAGAGGGCAGAAGAAUGUUUCCGUACCCUGUCCCCCCCAUUGAAGAGAACGUGCUGGACGAGGGGAAACUGCUCAAACCCUGGGACACCAAGAAGUUGCCUCUGUUGUCGUCCCGACCCAAGUCUUGUGAAGUCCCUGGUAUCAACAUCUUCACGUCCCCGGAGCAGCCGUCCACGCUGGCCCACGGCGUCCCGUCGGCCCUCAACACCGGCGGCUCGCUGCCCGACCUGUCCAGCCUGCACUUCCCCUCCCCGCUGCCGACGCCGCUCGACCAGGACGAGCCGGGCUACCAGGGAUCCUCCUCGCUGAGCGGGGGGAGCAGCACGGGAAACCUCGCCUCCACCCUCACGCAGCUGGGCAUCAACGCCGCCAAUGCGCAGGGAGGCAACGGCAACUUCCACCACCACACGCAGGGUCUCCUGGCGUCUCUACAGAGCACGCUCAGUAACCCCUCCCUUCAGUCAUCACUAAGCAACCCCAACAUCCAGUCGUCGCUCAGCAGCCACUCCUUUUCCAACUCUUUGAGCUCCGCCUCCCUGCACUCGUCGCUCAGCAACCCCUCGCUGCAGUCGUCCCUCAGCUCCUCCCCCUCCCUGCCGUCCUCCCUCAGCAGCCAAUCGCUGCACUCCUCCCUCAGUAGCUCCUCCCUGCAGUCGGCGUCCAGCGGCAACCCGAGCUACAGCAGCGGAGUGGGCGGCUCCGGCUCCUGCUCCUCCUCCUACUCGCCGCUGCUCGGCGGACAGGGCCAGCCGCCGCUCAGCACGUCGCCACGGAGACGGGCGCAGCUGUCCCCGCUCAUCCUGCCCAUGGGAGGGGAGUCGCGGAGGCAUCACUCCAAACAGUUCUCCCCCACCAUCUCCCCCACCCUGUCGUCCAUCACACAGGGCGUCCCUCUGGACACCAGCAAACUGCCUCUGGACCAGAGGCUCCCUCCGUAUCCUCUCAGCCAGUCCCACCAGCACCAGCCAGGCGCCCACCAGCCUCUCCCCGGUCUGCAGGGCUCCCAGCCGGGCCAGCAGCCCCCCCCGCUGGGCCAGCACCACCACCAACAGCUGCACCGCCUCCAGCAGCCGCGGCCCAGCGCUCAGCAGCAGCUCCACCUGCAGAACCUACGCAACACACACAACCAGCACAUGCAGCACUUUGGAACGCAGCAGAGGCCAAUGGGGCAGCAGGUGAACGCGCAGCUGAUAAAGAACGAGAGGGCGAUGGAUCAGUGCGUCCAGAGCUCCUCGUCCUCGCAGGGUCACGUCAAACAGGAAACAGAGCAGCAGCGAGCUGACGGCCUCCCCCAGCUGCAGCAGAUCAGCCACAACCUGGCCACAGACCUCUACAAUGAUGCCUUGUUCAACUCUCUGCUGGACGACCCCUAUCUGAGUCUGCAGCUCACCGGCAAAUCCAGCCAGCAGUUCACAUCAGACCACCAGGGCGACUGUCUGUCUCUGAACCACGGCGGUCUGAGCUGCACCACCGCAGACAAGAACCAGUUCCCCUCCAACACCCAGGGACCCCUGGACAUGCAGGACCCCGGAGACCAGCAGCUCCUCAACAACCAGAACCAGAACUACAGCUGCGGCGAGGGUCGACACAACGUGCCCAACAUCAUCCUCACCGGCGACUCGCCGCCGGGUCUGUCUAAAGAGAUCGCCAGCGCUCUGUCUCACGUCCCCGGCUUCGAGAUGGACCCCUUCUCCCUGGACGACCCGCUCAGGAUGGACCCCCUGGCUCUGGACAUGCUGGACGGCGACCUGAUGCUCGCCGACCCGGCUGUGGAGGACUCUUUCCGAUCCGACCGGCUGAAGUGACCCCGCGGCCUCUCUGCUCCAGCAGCUCGGUGGGAAUCGAGGAGACGGCCACCCGGACGGAGGCGUGGAGGACCUCCUCCGAUCAGACGGUCUGCAGAGCGAGGUUUGAACUCGGGCGUCUCCGAGCGUCUUUUUGUCGGCGAGAAGGACCCGAGAUUUCUGUCGGAGCUGAACGAACUGAAGGAGGGGGAGUUUCCCGUCGACGGCACUUAACUGAAAACGCUCUCGCAAUGCUUGAAGCCCAGAAAAACCGAGACGCUUCUGUUUGUAGGCAUUAGCUUCUACGAGUCUUACCUGCAUGCUAAUGGAAAAAUGCACUCGCGUAAAUGCAAACACGCACGUGACGCCGGCUUUAUGUAAGAAACCGUCUGUAAAAACCAGCAACGCUCGGGGGGGGGGGCUUGAAAAGCACGACGCAGCCCGACACGUGCGGACCCCCCCCCGCGCUCCGUUCCGGGAAAGACCGCGUGGGAUUGGUUCGGACUGUUUUACCCCAAAAUGUCUUUAGGUUAAAUACCCUGCAGUGGGGGCCAGCACUGCUCCAUCAGCCUCUUUGACGGGAACGUAGCCAUGACGAAGAGCUCUGCGUCUUUUUAUUAAGCAGCUUCUCCUGCUUUAGCCUGGAAGAGGCUGCGAGAUCCUCCUCACAUCCAACUGCAUGAAUCAGAGAUUAUAGCGAGUGAACGAGCAGCAGGUUAAAGGUUUGGGAUGAAGCCUCUCAGGUGUGUGUUCAGUGCUUAAAACCCCCCCAAAAUGCUGCUUCUUUUCAAGUCUGACUUAUCAGAACAAUCAGAGCGGCUCUGAGUCCUCCGGUUAUCCUGCGAUCACGCCGGACGCUUUCUUCGACGCGUUCGAUGCAGACGUUUAGUCACGAGAUGAUCGACUGAACGAGAAAGCAGAAACACACAGAAUCAGGUUCUUUCCUCUUCAGACGCCUUAAAGUCCUUCAGGUGAAGCCGAGCGAGGUUCAAAGGUGAAGCUCACCUGUGGUUUCAUGACACCUUUGAACUGAUGAGAGAAGCAGCGUCCUGUCUGAUCGCAGAUAAUCGUCUCUUCGUUUCUUCAAAUGUCUCUGCUGAUGCUGAGAUGCUGAGAGCGACAGCGUUUCUCUGCGUUUCAGCCUCGUUUACCUGCUGCCGGCGCUGGAAGAAGACCGCGCCGACGAUGCCUCGCAUGCCAAUCGGCCGCAUUUUUAAUUAAAAUUUAUGCAUUUCAAUGAUGAACGUGAAUGUGUCUGAUGAUGGAGAGGCUGAGGGAUGAAUCUGUAGUGGACCGGAAAGAAAAAGAAAUAACCUGGAGGCUUCUUUCAGCGACGCGUGACUCAAUCCAGAUCAGGAUUCAGUCCGGUCCAGGUGUUCAUGAGCCGCCGCCCCCUCAGACUUCAGCUUUAUCCUCCUGUCAGGUCGAGCUUUUAAAGGGCGAUUCCACCAAGAAAUGUCUAAACAUGCGUUUCCCAGAAGCUCAAAGUGCUCCAUGUUGAUCCAGAUCUGCAGCUGACCCUCAUCAUGAUAGAUCAUUCUCUUAAUUCACUGAUUGAUCAUUUGCUCUAAAACUUGAAGUCCAGAUCCCAAAGAAAAGCCAGAUCCUCACAGGUGAGGAUGUUCUGUUAGUUCCUGAUUCAUCUUCUAUCAGUUGAUUUAUUUAAAUCUGAUCUCAGGACAGAAAUUAAUCUGCACCUUUUCUGAUAAUCGAUUAAAUGUUUAUUUGUUCUUGUAAAAUAAACAUUUGUUGGUUUUUCUGAUCAUCAAGUGAUGAUUUGUAAGUUGGACAGAACGUUUGAAGACGUCGUCUCAACCUGUGGACCAAACCUUUGAUUGAUUCAUUGAAUAAUCUGCAGAUUAAUUGAUAAUAAUCCUCAUUCGUGUGCGUGCUCUGCUGUACCUGUAACCACACCCAGCAGUGAUGUCACAGUGUCCUGGAGUACACCUGUGCACCGCUGCAGGUGAGAGGUUUCCAGAGAGUGACGUUGCUCCUUUGAAGGUCACUUCCUGUUUCGGUGUUGGACGUUUUUGGUGGGAUUGCCCUUCAACCCCAGUCACUGUGAUUGACAGCCCUUAGCCCCGCCCUGCCUGCACUUGCUGCACCUGUGUUUUAGCCCCGCCCCUGGGCCCGAGCAUAGCAACAUAUUUUUAUGUAACAAAGUUAAAAAAAUCUUAAUAUUAUUCUGACUAUAAAGAAGUUUUAUUUUUUAAUGCAAAGUGGUCUAAACCUGUAUGUAUAUACUUUUUUCAGAUAAUAUCUUUAAAAAAAACAGUAUAUUUAAGAUGAGAGCAGAAAAAACAGCCGUCGGUUUCUCGCAGUCGGAGCGUUUUUGAACAACAGCUGGUGAAACGUGAAAUUAGCUGCACGUGGCCGCCGUCGUCUGUCCCUUUGUUGUUGUUUGUGGAGCUUCUGGAACGCCGUCAGCUGGUUACUGGAGUUACUGGGAUCAGAGGAUUGUUUGGACGUGGCUGGAGUUUGAAGGAAGAGUUCAACGUUUGGAAAACGAUCAAAUAUCCCUUUAAUUCAAUUUUCUAAAAUAAUAUUUUUCAUAUGUCAUGAAGUAGAAAGUCAGUGUAGUUUGUGUUUCCUGUGAUGUGAUUGGUGGAGAGAGAGGCAGCCUGUGGCCGAGUUUAAGGACCAGUGUGCAGGAUGUAGUGACAUCUAGUGGUGACAUCGCAGAUUGCAGCCAUCGAAUCCUCCUCCCCUGCAGUGGAGGCGGUUCUGGGUUCCUGAAGACUCUUUCUGAGGUUACGAAAACACGACGAUUCUCAUUUUCAGCCAUUAAAAACUAAUGAAAACAGACAUUUCUGCUCAUAGAUCCCUGAAAUCCUGCACGCUGUUUUUAAUUCGACAUGAACUGAACGACAGCUUUUGAACUGCAACGAGCAGCAGAUGCAGUUUUCAGUGUUUGCAGCAACAUUUAAGAGUCUCGAGAUGAUUUACAGGAUAGAAAAAUGUUAAAAUGACGUUUUUCUUUCAGAGAAUAAUGUGGAUUUUUUUUAAGUAAUUCAGAUGAAACAAGAACAAACACAGAAGCAGCGAUGAGAUUUAUUUUUCCCAACUUUACUUAUUGAAUUGAUUUUUUAAAGACGGCAAAAGUCUCGACCUUAAAAAUGUGUUUUUCUGUUUAUUCCAGUCGUUUAAAAGGCUGUUUUAUUGUUUGGAUGGCAGAUUUAAAAAAAAUAACGAGUAGAAUUUCAGUAAAAAUAAAAAAAAUUGACAAAAGGUGAAAUUUUAGAAAGCUGAGUUCAGGUCGCCUGUUUCCUGUUUUCAAUGAAUUUAUUUCUUUGUUUUUAAUGGAAAAAUAAACUGUAAAUGUUCUGAAAGUCGGCGGUGCCGCAGUUACAGAGUUAGAGGUCAGAGCAGGUCUGGAAAGUUGUGGAAACGGUCUGAGGUCUGGACUGAGGGAGAUCCUCAGGUGUGAUGAGGAAGCUCAUUGGCUGGAUUGUAGCUUUAAGAACAGGCAGUAGGAGGUGGAGCGGGUGGUGUUCUGACUGUAAUUAACAAGUGAUUUAAUGAAGCUGCGGUGUCGAGCGGCAGCAGCAGCGUCAGGCCGAGUGCUGCCCCCUGCAGGUCAGUCCACAAACAUCUCAGAGGGAUGUUAACAUGAAGAAAUGUCCUCUCUGGGCUCCUGUAGCUCGUCCAGUCCAUCAGACCUGGUCCAAAGGGCAGCGUCAUGGUGGUGGUGUCUCGUCUCUCGGGACGAGUCCCGUCGGCGCCGGCAGCCGGUGAGAUUCCAGGCAGAGACGGACGGAGCGAAGACUUUUCUGUCCUUCGAGUCUGUUCGCUGGUGUUUGUGAUGGAAGGAGCAGAGACGUUUGGACAGAUGUUGUGUCCACGUUAAGGUUUUCUCUGUGUUGUUGACAGGAAGUGGAUUUGGUCAACAUCUCCAGCUUUUAUUACUGAAAACAAAAAACAUCUCGUGGCAACAUUUCUUGUCUUUAUUGGCCCUAAAAUCAUAUUUUCUAACAGUGUCAACAGUCAAAUCAGCUGAGUCCUUUCUUCUUCUCUUCUUUCUUUUCCUGCCCUCACUCCUCUUCUUCUCUUUUAGAAGUACAGUCGGUGUAUUUGUCUUCAGUGCGAGUAGAAAUACCCUGAAUGUGGCCGUUCCUUCAUCCACACUAGUCUGUGUCCAGGUGAACUUUAAAGACAGAUCAGAGGAAACGUCCUUCAUGUUUCUGCCUUUAUAAUCACCUGAUGUUCGUUUAAAAGCUCGUCGUUUCAUCUUAACUCUCAGUCUCAUUUUUCUAAAAGCCGACGUUGCUCAGAAGGUCAAAACUGUCGAAACAAGACAAAUAUAUGUUUAAAAUCAUCCCAUAAUUUACGUGUGUGUGUGUGUGUGUGUGUGUGUGUGUGUGUGUGUGUGUGUGUGUUCGUGUGUGUGUGUGUGUUCGUGUGUGUGUGUGUGUGUGUGUGUGUGUGUGUGUGGCCUCUUGCCGAUGUUAUGCAAUAAACUGUUAUAAGUUAACAUGCAGUUCCGGACUCUGCCAGUAGGGGGAGCUGUUGACCAGCGUGUGUGUGUGUGUGCGUGCAGACUGGGGAUCAGUUAAAGGCCAUAUUUCAUAUUUUUUCAUAUUUUGUAUUGAUGUAUGAUAUUAAUUGCUCUCAUAUUAUUAAUGUUAUUGUUAGUUUUCAUGUUUUUAGGCUGCAGAGAAUAAAAUGAGCGUUCUGCAUCUUUUGCUUUGUAUUUGAAUAAGAAAUCGACUUUUGUUCUAUUCAGAUUUUUAUUUGAACCUUGUAAUAAAUAACCAGGGAAUGUUGAGCGAGUUGUACAUAAGAAUACGUUUCUCAAGCUAACAGGAGAGAUUUUUAAAGAAACUGUACCUUCACAUUAUUUUCCAGAAAAUAAACAAAUGAAACCUGGAGCAGCUGCAGUCUGUUGGUGUGUGUUUGCACUUGCACAUUGGGAGUAUUCACAUCCUUAUUUAGAUUAAAGUAUUCAUACCACACUGGAAAUACUCGACUACAAGUAAAAGUCCUGCAUUAAAAAUAUUAGUUAAGUAGAAGUAUGUCAGUAUAAUCAGUAAAAUGUACUUCAAGUAUUAAAGUAAAGGUAGUGAGUGCAGUAAACUGACUGUUCUGUCUGAUCUCAUCAGAUUAUUGAGACUCAGUCGUUCAUGUCAAAGCAGGAUUUUACUGACACACUGAA